AUGGACAUGCUCCGGUCCUUGGUAUCGUUUCGGCGCAACACUUUUAAGGAUGCGCAAGGCUCAAUUGAUCUCACGUAUGUAACGCCGCAGCUGAUUGUGGCAUCGAUGCCCACAACUGCCUAUUGGGAAACUUACUAUCGCACGGGUGUCGAAGAGCUCCGUAAGUUUCUCCAAAACCAUCACGAUGAAAAUUGGCACAUUUGGAACCUUCAAAUGCCCGACGAGCGCGGGUACAAUGAGGAGGACUUUGCCUUCAAAGUAACCCUUCGACCGGUUCCAGAUCAUUGUGCUAUCCCAUUUGGACUGCUCAUAGCAAUAGUCCGUGAAAUCAACGACUACCUGGUGCAAAACUCCAAUAAUGUUGCUCUUAUCCAUUGCAAGGCGGGCCAGGGCAGAUCUGGCUCCGUGGCAUGCGCGUAUCUUCAAGUCUAUCACCACCACACUUUUGAAACUGCAAACUCAAUGUUUACCUUAAAGCGCAUUAGACCCUUUAUGGGCCCCGGGGUGUCGAUCGCUAGCCAAGUCAGGUACCUGCGCUACAUUGACGAUUGGAAUGCCUCUGGCCAGUUCCCUCUCGAUGCAUUGCAGCAUAUGCGGGUGCAGCUAAGAUGUAUUGUACUACGCAAUCCUUUAUCAAUGGAUUUCAAGGUACGUGUUGCCGACUUUGGAAGUGAGUAUGUCGUCCAUAAUGAGGCUGAAUGGACCACCGACCAGCGCACAUCGAACUCGGGCUCGUCCAUAAUUGUACUAAGACCCAGCCGCAGUGCACCACUAUGGCUGGCUCCUGAUAUUCAGCUCACAUUCACACGAUCCGUAUCGGUAGCUGGCGUCAACUUGACCCACACGGCAGCCUCCGCCUGGUUCAAUGCCUUCAUGGAAACCGCGCGAUUGGCCGCCGCAGAAACUGUCCGCAUCCCCACAUCAGCUGCCCCCACUCCUUCAAUGUCGCCUGAGUCUCCACUUAAAGGGCGGUUUUCCUGCAACUGGGCGAACUUUGAAGGUUUCUGGGGCACAUCAUUGCGAGGACCGCCUGCUUUUGAAUCUAUGGAGGUCUAUUGGCAAUAA